UUUAUUUGCUUUCUGUUCACAGCUAAGUCGGUCGGAUACCGGUUUUUCGAAGGUUUCCCAGGCUUGUGCCGCGCCAUUGGCUGCCUGUGCACCAUCUCGUGCGUGGGAUCCCUCAUGACGCUGUCGACGAUGAGCUGCAAUCGCUACAUCCUCAUCUGCCACAACACCCUGUAUCGCCGGGUCUUCACACUCCGCAACUGCCUGCUGAUGUGUGCGGGGAUACACCUUUUCGGCUUCUUUCUCGUUUCUCUCAACUUUUACGGCGUCGGCAACCACUCCUUUGACCGUAAAAGCUUCGAGUGUGUGUGGGAUCGCAUGGCCAGCCAUGACUACACCAUCAUCUUUGGAAUCGUCCUGGUGUGGGUUCCCACUAUCGUCACUGGCGUCGCUUACAGCAGGACCUACCUCUUCGUGCGGCGAGCUCGCAUCAAAGUCCACAGCCAUCGCAACGCCAAACACGGAACGAUAACGGGCAACAGUGGGACAAUGUCCUCGUUGUCCCAUGAAAACCCAAUUUCGUUGAAAAAGAAAUCAGCUCAUAAGACUGAGACUGAGAACAGCACCAGCAGAGAAGAAGACAGCGAUAUGCCAGGCGAGGAAGGGACCCCGAGGAAGGACGAUAACCAGACCCCUAUCAACACGAAGAGGGUGCGCCUGACUGCUCGUAAGAACUUCGGCAAUUCGUCGUACCCGACCACGGCCCGUCAACGAGCGCUGCCUGACUUGGCCUCACUCAAGCUAGCAAAGACACUGUUCAUCAUCUACGUAGUGUUCUCUACCUGCUGGUUCCCCUACUCCGCCGUCAUCAUCUUCGACAGGUACGACCACUUCUCCCACGAGGUACAUGCCUUCGUCAUCGUCUUUGCCCACCUCAACGCCUCCAUCAACUGGUUGGUGUACUACACCACGCACUCCAAGCUUCGCUGGGCUUUCCGCAAGCUUCUCGGCCUUCGCAAUAGAAAGUCCGAAGCUCAUGUCAACUCCAACACGGUGUUUACCGUAUCUUAAGACAGAAAAAAAAUGUUUUGUCAAAAAAUUUGUUGCUAUCCUUUUGGGCAGGCUCCUAAUUCUAAAAUGUUCUCUCUGCCUUUACCUAGUGUAGAAACAGAUCGAACAGUAUUUACCGCGACAGCCAGAUAAACAGCUAAAUAAAUAAAAAGUCUGUUGACCAACAUUCCACAAGCCUUAGAGCUAAUUUUCUAACUCCGAGCUGAUGAUUUUCUCAGUCCACCUGAACCAAGGAGUUUGAAAAUACUUCCCUCACAAAACGAUCGAUGAAAAGAUGUAGAAUUUGAUCACUCGCCACAGUUCGUUGCACUUCUCUUUCAUUAGUAGUGCGGCGCUCGUCGUAACUGCCUGUAAUUAAACUUGUUGUCGUUAGUACACAAGACUGUUUGUUCUUGACACUAUCGUGUUCAAUGCAUGCUGUAACUGCCUAUA